CUUGAGAAGUGAAGACGUGAUGACCUAUCAUUUCUUCAACAAGCAAGGGAGUCGAGCAUACAAGGAAUAUAAACUCGACGGGACAGAUACGAAUGUACAGCUAAAAGGAACUGCCAAAUUUGUAGAUUCAACUACUUUUGGGAAGGUGUUAUCAUUCUCAAACACAGCAAUUGCUCAGGUCCCAAAGAUGCCGAUAAGGACCACAAGCUUCUCCAUUGCGGCGUAUGUCAGGUUCCGAUCUUUUGGAAGCAUACAAACUAUCUUUUCGGACUUCACGCGCUUUUGGAAGUUUAUAUUUCGAGUGAACUACGACGACAGAGUAUACCUAGCUCUGAGGCGAAACAUCAACAGUGAGGGAGCCGAUCCAAGCCAAGACUUGGUUGAAUUAUCAGGGGGUGACAUAUCACAACUUCCUCGGGCCAACACUUGGCAACUGCUUGCAUGUAGCUGGAACAGAGAAACUCGCGUAGCUAAGAUAUAUUUAAAUGGAGUUGUAGUCGAUACGAAGUCGCCAAAGGCCGAGUACACCGACCUUGAUCUUCAAUUGAACGACCAUCCCCUAUACGAGAUAGGGGGUAAUCCGAGCUCCGGCUGGUAUCUGCAGGGAGAGAUGGCUCGUCUCAAGAUAUUCUUUUACCCCAUCAGUCAAGCUCAGGUAGAUGCCUUGUACGAGAGACUUGCUGAUGAGACUACGACGUACGUCCUGGUGGGGCAGGAGGAAAUUUCAGACACGCCUCAGGCGACGUUCCAACUGAACUCACUUAUCCAGUGUGCAGUGCAGUGUCAAAGACAAAAGAUGUCGUCAACCACCACAUGCCAAGAGUUCGUCUACAUUGCAAACCUUGGAGUUUGUAAGCUAUACGGGGGGAAAACGACUGGUACCUCGAGUGCGAGUGGAGGAAACACUGUUCAGCAUUUUCGGCAGGGGUGAAACACGUUAAACCCGAAAUUAACAAAACACUCAUUAACUCGUUGGGUAACACAGUGCGACAAACACGGUGCAAGGACUAAGGUAUCUGGCUAUGCUGAAGUGAUGAUGUUUUAUUUAACGCACACAUUACAUA